AUGGGCUUCUUCUCCGACGGCCUCUCAAAACGUCGUUCCCGCUCCAGCUCCCCGUCCCGCCCCCGCUCGCGCUCCAGCUCCCGCCGCCGCCGCUCCGGCCUCGGCUCCGGCGCCGCCCCCUUCGCCGCCCCCUUCUUCGCCGACAGCGGCUACCACAAGCACAAUGCCUCGCGCGGGUCCUUCUUCGGCCUUGGCAACUCGAGCCGCUCCAGCUUCUUUGGCCUCGGAGGCUCAAGCCGCCCGUCCUACUACAAGCGCUCCCCUCGCCACGGCUUCCUCCAGCGCGCAUAUCGCCAGCUCCGCCGCCUGCUGCGCGACCUCGUCCACUACGCCAAGCGCCACCCCUGGAAGGUCUUCUUCCUCGUCGUCAUGCCCCUCGUCACCGGCGGCGCCCUGACCGCCCUGCUCGCCCGCUUCGGCCUGCGCAUGCCCCCCUCCCUCGAGCGCAUGCUCGGCGUCGCCUCCCGCGCCGCCGCCGGCGACGGCUUCGGUCUCGUCUCGGACGCCGUCCGCAUGGCCGGCGACGGCUUCGCUUCUCCCCGAGCCCGUGACGGCCCCGACCUGCACUGGGAGCGCCGGACGUCUGCCUACAGCUCCGCGCCCUCGCGCCCCCGCGACGACGGCUGGGGCGAGAGCAUCAAGGGCGUCGCCAAGAUGUUUCUCUAG